AUGUACUACGACGCCUUGUGUCAGAUGUUUCCAGGGAACCCCAAGUUCACCGAGGAUAAUAUACCUGACCUCUCAGCCAAGGUCUACUUGGUCACGGGCGCAAACACCGGAGUCGGCAAGGAAGUGGCACGGAUUCUGUACUCGAAGAACGCCACCGUCUGGGUAGCAGCGCGCAACCAGGAGAAGGGCGCCAAUGCCAUCGAGUCCAUCAAAGAAGCGUGCCCCUCCUCCACGGGCAGGCUGGAGUUCCUGCACCUGGACCUCAGCGACUUGAGCACCAUCAAGACAUCGGCCGAGACCUUCGUGGCCAAAGAGCGGCAGUUGCACGUCCUGUUCAACAAUGCAGGCGUUAUGUUCCCAGACAAGGGCAGCAAGACGGCGCAAGGAUACGAGCUGCAGCUGGGCACCAACAACCUCGGGCCUUUCCUGUUCACGCAGUUCCUGACGCCGACUUUGGUUGAGACGGCCAAGACGGCGCCGAGGGGUAGCGUGCGCGUUGUCUGGGUGUCUUCGUCGGCUGCUGAGCACCUCAGUCCCAGGGGCGGCGUUGACAUGGACAAUCUUGAUUACAAGAGGGAUGUCUUGAAUUACUACAAGUACGGAGUCAGUAAAGCGGGCAACUACUACCACUCGACUGAAUACGCGAGACGGCAUCGCGACGAUGGGAUCGUUAGCCUGUCGCUCAAUCCGGGCAAUCUCAAAUCGGAAUUGGACCGGAACUGCAGCACGAUCGAAUUGAUUUUCAGGCGCGCAACGACGUACCCGGCGAUAUACGGCGCUUACACCGAGUUAUUCGCCGGUGUCUCGGACGAGGUCACCAUGGAGAAGUCGGGCGAUUGGAUUGCCCCUUGGGGUCGGUUCACAGACAUUCGGAAAGAUCUUCUUGAGGGCUCAAAGCCUGAAACCGAAGGCGGUACGGGCAUUGCGCAGAAGUUUUGGAAUUGGUCGGAGGAACAGACAAAGCCUUAUGCGUGA